UGGAGAGGGCAGGCCUAGGGGAGCCUGCGCCCCGAGGCCGCUAGGCGGCGCUGUGCGCUGUCCGCCCCGCCUGGGUCACCUGGCCGGACCCCUGCACCUCUGUCCCGUGGGCACCGCGGCCACCACGGCCGCCAAUCCCUGUUGCAGCUGCCGAAUGUACCAUGCAGUGCCUGGGCGCCGAGUACCUGGUAUCCGCAGAGAAAACACCAAGGCAGAGAGAGUGGAGACCCCAGAUUUAUAGAAAAUGCACAGAUACGGCGUGGCUAGUCCUGUUCUUUCUCUUUUGGACUGGUUUGGUUUUCAUCAUGGGCUACUCGGCGGUGGCCGGGGCAGCAGGAAGACUCUUGUUCGGCUAUGACAGCUUCGGGAAUGUGUGUGGCAAGAGGAACUCCCCAGUGGAAGGGGCCCCCCUCUCAGGGCAGGACAUGACUCUGAAAAAACAUGUGUUCUUUAUGAAUGCCUGCCAUCUGGAAGUCAAGGAUAGGGGGCUUGGUCCCACCGCCAUCUGUGUAUCCAGCUGUCCCGAGAAGCAGCUGGACACCCUGGAAGAGGUCCAGCUCUUUGCCAACAUCAAUGGGUCUUUCCUGUGUAUCUAUAAUUUGAAUUCCUUCAACUAUACUCAGAGUCCGAAUGCAGAUACAUUGUGUCCCAGGCUCCCGGUUCCUCCAAGCAAGUCCUUUCCCUUAUUUAACCGUUGCAUCCCUCAGACACCUGAGUGCUAUUCCUUAUUUGCAUCAGUCUGGAUAAAUGACGCUGACGCUCUCCACCGGAUCCUAAGCGGAAUAAUGGCGGGAAGAGACACCAUCCUCGGCUUGUGUGUCUUUGCAUUUGCCUUGUCUCUGGCUAUGCUGUUCAUCUUCCGAUUCAUCUCAACGCUUCUGGUCCACAUUAUCGUUUCACUGGUCGUUUUGGGAUUGCUGUUUGUCUGCGGUGUCUUAUGGUGGCUGUAUUAUGACUACACCAACGACCUCAGCACAGAAUUGGACACAGAAAGGGAGAAUAUGAAGUGCAUGCUGGCCUUUGCCAUCGUCACCACAGUCUUGACAGCCGUUCUCCUCAUCUUGAUUUUUACCCUCAGAAAGAGGAUGAAACUGACAGUUGAGCUUCUCCAAGUCACAAAUAAAGCCAUCAGCCGCUGUCCUUUCCUGCUGUUCCAACCACUGUGGACAUUUGUCAUCCUCAUUUUCUUCUGGGUCCUCUGGGUGGCUGUGCUGCUGAGCCUAGGAACUGCCGGCACUGCCCAGGUGACGGAAGGUGGACAAGUGGACUAUCGGCCUCUUUCGGGCAUUCGGUAUAUGUGGUGGUACCAUUUGAUCGGCCUCAUCUGGACCAGCGAAUUCAUCCUGGCGUGCCAGCGGCUGACUGUGGCGGGAGCAAUGGUCACUUGUUAUUUCAACAGGAAUCAAAAUGACCCUCCUGCCCGUCCAAUCCUUUCGUCUCUCUUCAUCCUUUUCUGCUACCAUCAAGGAACUGCGGUGAAAGGGUCAUUUUUAAUCACUGUGACAAGGAUCCCAAGAGUCAUCCUCAUGUACAUUCAUAACAUUCUGAAAGAGCCGCAGCGCAGUUCGUGGUCAAGAGGUGAAUUCAAAUGCAGCUACUGUGGGCUCCAGCGUCUCACCAGAUACCUGUACCAUCUCAAUCAAAAUGCAUACACUGCAGCUGCCAUUAAUGGGACUGAUUUUUGUACAUCAGCAGAAGAUGCACACAAAAUCAUAUCUAAGAAUUCAAGUCAUCUCAUGUCUGUUAACUGCUUUGGAAACUUCAUCAUUUUCCUGGGAAAGGUGCUGGUGGUGUGCUUCACGGUGUUUGGAGGACUGAUGGCGUUUAACUACAGCCGUGCCCUCCAGGUGUGGGCCAUCCCCCUUCUGCUAGUUGCCUUUUUUGCCUACUUAGUGGCUCACAGUUUCCUCUCCGUGUUUGAAACUGUGCUGGACAUUCUUUUCCUGUGCUUCGCUGUGGACCUGGAAACAAACGAUGGAUCGUCAGAGAAGCCGUACUUUAUGGGCCCCGAGUUCUUGAGUUUUGUAAAACGGACCAACAACUUCAACAAUCAAGGACACGAGGACUCAUUACCAAAUGAGGAGGGGACAGAACUCCGGCCCAUCGUGAGAUAGGGACCAAGAGACAUUUGUACCUGAAGAAUCUGACUGUACUGUGACUACACUAUGAUACCGAGACUAUUUCCACAUGAACUAGAGCAAAAAAACUGUUAAAACUAACUUUAUAUACAUCAGUUUAAAAGACACGGUAUGACUGGGCACAAGGACACACAUCUAGAAUCCUAACAAUUAGAAGGCUGAAGCAAAGACCACCAGCAUAAGGCCAGCCUGAGCUACACAGGAGUUAAAGGCCAGCCUGAACGCUAGAGACCUUAUCUCAAAAUAAAUAAAUAAAUAAAAGUUAAAAAAAAAAAAAAA